UCCAAGAGAUAUUACAACUUCUUCUCUUGCAACUCAAUGGUAAUAUAUCUUUACAACUUCCUUAGCAUUUUACUGAUCCAGUUUGUAAUACUACUCCCUAAGAUUUAUGUUGAUUGUAGAAAUCCGGUUGAAGUCAAUUCACAUUAUUCUAAAGUACAUGAAUUCAUUAAUGAUAAAAAAUCUCAAGGAACACGAUGGGCUGUUCUUAUUGCUGGUUCAAAUGGUUAUAGGAACUAUAGGCAUCAGGCUGAUGUGUGCCAUGCAUAUCAAAUCUUAAAGAAAGGAGGAUUAAAAGAUGAAAACAUAGUAGUUAUGAUGUAUGAUGAUAUUGCAAACAAUAGGGCGAAUCCUAGACCUGGUACAAUUAUUAACAACCCCCACGGAGAGGACGUUUACCAUGGAGUUCCAAAGGAUUAUAUCGGAAAAGAUGUAAAUGUAGGGAACUUCUUAAACGUUCUUCUCGGAAAUAGGUCUGCUCUUACUGGCCAUGGUAAUGGGAAAGUUGUUUCUAGUGGUCCUAAUGACACCAUCUUUGUGUACUAUUCUGACCAUGGUGGCCCUGGUGUACUCUCAAUGCCGAUGAGCAAGCCUUUAUAUGCAGAUGAACUUCACGAUGCACUCCGGAAAAAACAUAGAUUAAGGACAUACAAAAGUAUGUUGAUAUACAUCGAAGCUUGUGAAGCAGGAAGUAUGUUUGAAGGUUUACUGAAACCUGGAAUGAACAUAUAUGCAACCACGGCAUCGAAUGCUACCGAAAAUAGCUGGGCGUUUUAUUGUCCUGGAGAUAAGCCAGAUCUUCCUGCCGGAUAUAGUACUUGUUUGGGUGAUCUGUAUAGUAUUAAUUGGAUGGAGCACAGUGAAAGAUUCGAUAUGAUGACUGAAACUCUAGAUAAACAAUAUGCAGUAGUGAGAAGAAGAACUGAGACUAAAGGAUCAAUUCAAGGAUCAAAUGUAAUUAAAUACGGAGAUAUUAAGCAACUUGGAAACCAAAGCAUGUAUACUUACAUUGGUACGUAUCCAGGCAAUUGUGAACAUAAUUCUUCACUAAAAACCGACCGAGAGCAGUUUGCAAUACCAUCAGACCAUAUUGAUCAACGUGAUACAGAUCUUGCUUAUUAUCAAUACCAGUAUCAAUAUGCUCCUAUAGGAUCUGAGAAGAAAACUAAAGCAUGGCAGAGAUACCAAAAUGCCUUGCAACAAAGAAGCUAUGUUGAUGACAGUAUGGAUCUCAUUGGGAAGUUUCUAUAUGGAUCGAACGAAAUGGCUACGAACGUGAUGAAAGCACUAAGGCCUGCUGGACAAUCUCUUGUUGAUGACUGGAGCUGUUACAAAACAAUGGUGGAAACAUAUGAGAAAAAUUGUGGACCAUUUUCGCGACAUGGACUAAAACAUAUGCGAAGUUUAGCAAACAUGUGCAAUGCAGGUGUUAAACCGGAGAAUUUGGCCAAAGCCUCAGAGUAUGCUUGUAGUACCCUUCGUAAGAGACCUUUUUAAGACGUGCUCCACGCGGAAUCGUAAAAUUCAAGGUUUAAGGAAAAAUAAAAGAAUUUAGUAAAUUGGUGUUUUAGUCUUUAAUAUUCUGUAUGUUUUUCAUGCUAAUUUUAUUGAUACAUUGAAAUUAAAUAAACACAAAACAAUAAAUCAAGAAUCUGAAUUGCUUCGACUGUGUAUGUUUUGUAGACUUG